AGAAUCAAAAGUACAAUGCGGUUCAAAGCGGCAUGGGGAUCAAAAAACACUCGGAACGAUCGGGGUUUGGAUAUCGCCGUGGUGGACUAUAAAAGAAGUCUACUCUCCUCACCUCGAUAUCGCUCGUUUUACUCUGUAGAUAUCCAGCGUCCUCUUUUAACUAUCGUCCCUAUCUCUUCCAUUGAAACCCAGUUCUCAAAAUGACUGCUCUUAAGAAUAUCCUUUUCGCCGUUGCUGCCACUGCUGUUGGCAUCCAGGCUUCACCCGUCGCUGCUGAUUCCACCGCUACCUCUAUCGUCGGUGCUCCCGCGCCUGUUGUUACUGAGGCUUCUACCCCCCUUGAGGGCAAACAGCUUGAAGAGUUCCUUGCCAACGAGCACAACCUCAUCCCCGAGGGAGCUCUCGACGUUAGCGACACUGAGCUCGCCAAUGUCACCAUCAAGUAUGUUCAGGAGCACCCCGAGAUCCUCGGCCUGAACAAGAGAGGCGGCCCUUGCAGCCAGGGCGACUGCCCCGACUUCAACGCUCCCUUUGACUUCUUCUCUCAGCGCUUUGUCAUUCCCGUCAACGGCUCAGCCAUCACUACCUGGGCAUACUUUGGCCGUGUCAACGACUGCGGCAAGUGCCACAAGAUCAACACCAGCAAGGACGGCUGCUGGGACGUUACAUCUUGCGGCCGCAAGCAGAACAUCUGUGUCGACUCGGGCAAGGCUAGAGCUCACCGCAUCUGGCGGGAUAACGGCCACAAGACUUGCUACAAGAUGACCCGCACGGAUCUGGGCAACUGUGGUGUUGGCCUCACCAACUCCAUCAUCUGGCACCCUGCUGGUGAGACUGCUUGCAACUGGUAAAGAGUCUCGGAUACGGAUAGAAGUUUGUGUUUGAUGGCAAACUAUGACAGUCAAUGAGCACGGGAAUAAAGAAAAUAACUUAUGUUGGAGAGGUGGGGGCUGCCCGUUUCUGUAUAAAAGCUGGUUCAAUAAGCCAGCAUUAAUAUUGUGAGCGCAACUGCGCUGACACAAAGUCUGUAUUGUAUAUCUAUGUUGUACGGGCGGAAAUAAAUUAUCAAAAAAGAGAAUUAUAGUUGUUUUGUCUACAAGUACCAUGUCAAACAGCCAAAAGUGGCCUAAAUAGGCAGUAAUUAGCAUCACGAAUACGGUCGCAGCCUCUCCUGCCCUAUCUGUAGGCGAUGUAGACUUACGAGUCAGACGGAGCAUUUUACACAACUAUAGCACCACCAUUAAGCAAGACGGAUCAUGCACGAAAAUUAGCUAGGUUUAAUGCUAGAAAAUCUGAUAAAUGCAUUAACUCUAUCCUUUUUGCUCUGAAUCGGCUAUCCGUAGACUACAGCUAAGUCAGCAGAACCACAGCUCCAAGACAGAAGACCUUGGGCUUCGUGAAAAAGAGAUAUAGUAUGGAAACGUCUGUAUAAAGUUGUCUUGCCUUCACGCCAAAUCCUGCAAGCAUAUACACUCAAUGGACGCCCUUCAGGCAGCGACCCGACACUUGAUCCCUGUAGUGGUGUGCGGCAGCCUCGCUCGCAUAGAAUCAUGUCGAAGCUCGAAGUCGUAUAUGCGAAGUACAACCACUUUCAUGGAAUAUUAUGGAAGAAACUAAUCCAUGGCGAAGCAACGUGUUCAAAAUAAUGUACGCCUUUACUGGACAUUCAAUGAGUCAAUCGUCAAAGUCCAG